GGAGCACAGGGAGCCCCAACAUUCCAUCCUGGAGACGCCAAAGAGUCCUUAGCAGCGGAGAGACUGAGGGGACCCACCAUGGCGCUGCCACCUCGGUGGCUCCCACUGCGCGGCCCCUGUGCCCUCCCGGCACCCCAGAGCCUUCACGGUUUUGUGCUCCCAGAAACCUUCUACCCCCAAGGCAGGGAACGACCCCGACCCACAGCCCGGGGACGCUCUUGGGGCCAAGAGCGCAGGAGGUGACCAUGGCUCCUGUCUCUCUUCCAGGCGCAGCCACCCUGUUCCCACUGCCCGGGCAGCAGCUGCUCUUCCCCACGGCCUGGGCACCCCCAGUGGGGGUGGCCCCACAGGCCCCACCACCAGGUAUGGCACCCCUGUCCCCUCUGCCACCCCAACACCUUUUGGCACCCAAGAACCCUGGGCACCUUCAGCCUCCCCCUCCCCUCUCCACGGUCACCUUCACCAUCCCACCUCCCCUGUUCCCCCCCCAGCAGUUCUGGCACGGGGGCUCAGCAAGCCCGGCUGAGUGUCCCUGCCCUCGCCUGCCCAGUGAAUCCCAGUUCCUGAGAAUUUCCACAAUACUUGGGGCCACCUCUCGGGGACGAGAGCGCAGGAGGUGACCGCCGGCCAUGGCUCCUGUCUCUCUUCCAGGUGCAGCCACCCUGUUCCCAACCCCCGGGCAGCAGCAGCCAUUCCCUGCAGCCUGGGCAUCCCCACUGGGGGCAGCCCCACAGGCCCCACCACCAGGUAUGGCACCCUGUCCCCUCUGCCACCCUGACACCAUCAGCACCCUGAUGGCCAUGGGGGGCGGCUCGGUGGGUGCCCCGGAGGGUGCCCCCGGCCCAGCACGGCUCCUACCUACCCACACAGGGCUGCACAGGGCCCCAUGCGGAUGCUGCUGCUUCAACCCAAGCUUCUUCCACAUUGAGUGGACCACCACCAACGCGCCUGCGCCGGCCACCACCACCCUCGGCCAUGGCACCGCUGCUCUGCCAGGCGCUGCCCUGUGGGGCCCCGGGGGCUGCGGGACCCUCCAGGCCUGGGCAGCCCCUGGCACCCCCCAGGGACAACCACCACUGCCCCCCGUGAUGCAGCUCCCAGCCUACGGCCACCAGGGCACAGCGGUGCCCGCAGCCCCCACGCUGCUGCUCACCUCUAUCCCCGGACGCCAGCACCUCAAGGGACAGCCUGCAGGCACCAACAGCUCCGGCACAGCCACCCUCGUGGGGCUACCCCCUGCCAGGUGCGUCCCCAUGGGCACCUGCGUCCCCCCCAGACCCGCUACUGCCCCCGACAAAGAAGCUCCUGGCGGCCUGGGUGCCAACAUUGACAUGACCGAGGAGACGCUCCUCCAAGAGCCCCUCAGGCUCCUUGGUUCAACCUUGGACACGGUGGAGGUCGCCCAGGACCCUGACACCAGGAUCACCAUGCCUGGGGACCCCGGCGGCAUCAUCAGAGAGGGGAGAACGGUGGCCCCAGCACCCACCCAGCUGCCAACGUCCAUCCCUGCCUUCGAGAACACCAAGGAAUGGUCCUCAGAAACCAACAGCUCCAGCAGGGCCUCCCGUGCGCAGACACCCCUGGGCAGCGACAUCUCCUGGAGUACCAUCAGCUCCCCAAAGAGCAACAUCUCUCCCAGGAGCGACAUCUCCUCCGAGAGCGACAUCACCCCAGAGCUCACCUUCUCCCCAAAGAACAUCACCUACUCAGAGCAGGACAUCUCACAGUACGACAGCAUCUCGCUAAUGACUGACACCUCCUCGAGCAGCAACAACUCCUGGGAGAGCGACGUCCCCCACAGCCAAGCCCUUCGUGACGCAGCCGGCCACCUUGAGAGCGAUGUCCCCAGGAGCCCCUCUGCUGUCCCCCACAGCCAAGCCCUCAGGGACAGAGCCAGCCACCUUGCAGUGCCCCAGGAGGUUCCUGUCAAAUACUUCAGCAUGGAGACAACCCGGAAGGCCGUUGUUGUCCUAGAAGAUAUCUUCUCCAGGACGACGUCCCAGGAGCCGUGUGGGGACACGGGGAUGGAGCUGCCACCGGCCCAGUCCACCAUGGCGGAGAAGCGGGGGACGAAGCCGGGGACGAGCUCCCCGUCCGAGUGGCUGGAUUAUGAGACACUGGAGCAGAUGUGA